UACAAGAACAAAACAUUAACGUCAGAUUUGCAUCUUUUGAGUUUUCACUGGAGAAUUUGAUCCAAGAUUUGUUCCUACAUUUUGGAUGGAAACUUGACUGGAGGGAGAGAGAGGCAGCAAAGACACAGGAAGGUUCAGAGAGAGAAACCAGAGAGAACAGGACUCAGCAAAAGGAGAGAGAGAGAGAUGCUUAAAGAGAGAGAGCGAACCAAUACGGUACGAGGGAGAGAGACCCUGAGUAAAGAGAGAGAGAGAGAGAUAGAGCACAGGGGAUCCCAGUGAGAAAGCUGCAGAGAGAGAGAGGGAGGCUGCAUUCAGCUCCUGAUCAUCACUGAAGGAAACUCACCAACUUACCGACACCUGAACACCACAUGAAACCUCUUCAGAGAUUUCCCUCCUCUUCUUCUUCUUCUUCUUCUUCCUCCUCCUGUUUUUUAUAAUUUCUCUCUCUUUUGGGAAAGUGACACAGAGUAAGAGACGUGGAAAUACCCCCGGAGGAAAAGAUGAAGGUUUUAUAAACUGCAGAUUUAUGGAGCUGAAGGAAUCCUGAGGUGAUUUUAAGGAGGAUUUGGAGAGUGACUGACGGUUUCCACCGCGGGGAUUACGCAACCGGAGGAGGGACAAUUAUAAAGGAGUAUAAAAGAUCUCUGGAGGCUGACACUGUUUUUGGACACAGGAAUGUUUCUAUUAAGAGUCUGGACCAAACUGACGUGAGUGAGUGAGUGAGUGUGUGUGUGUGUGUGUGUGUGUGUGUGUGUGUGUGAAUGAAUGAAAAAGAGAGAAGGGAAAGUUAGGGUAACACACACACACACACACACACACACACACAUACAUGCACAUGUCAGAUAUCAUCAUGUUCAUCAUCCAUCUCUAUCUGCUGCCGUCGCACUCUCACAGGUGCAGGGACGAGCUCAGACAAGACAACAAGGGUUUUCACACACGUCCAUGAAAGACGCACACACACACACACACACCGUAGUUACAUGUGUGCAGGUAUGUAGUUCAGAGGGGAAUCCCACCUUCACACGAUACCUCUGAACUCCUCGUGACAAUCUGCAGCAAAGUGACAGAAGCUGAAUGUUCUUGUGUGUUUGCAUCAGGAAACUCAAAGACCGGAGGUCACGGUUUCUCUGUCUGAAGCGACAGAUGAUGAUGAUGAUGAUGAUCCGUAACAUCCCGGACUUCGAGGAUGAAAUUUGAUUUUUAUUUUCUGAAGUGACUGAAGACGUGAGUUAAAAUCAGUCCAAGGUUUGGUUUGGAAUAUUUCACCCGGAGACAAACCGGAUCACUUGUUCCUGUUGUGUUUUUUGUCCGACGCUGCACACACGGUGACGGCGUCCUCUGAGACUGAACAGCUGCUCUUUUUGUUGCACCUAAUUCAGCAACGUGUCAGUUUGUGUCCUCGCGCGGAAAAGAUCAUCUGUUGAUCCUCUCACAGACAGUUCAAGGCCGGAGAGGUUUCCUUCCGAGACGAUGGAGUGAACGAGAGAUGGGACGUAUCGCGUUACGAUCCGUUACUCGAGUGAUUCACCUGGACAGCCGAGCGGGAGAGCGACUCAACCAUGACCAGACUUUUCCUCGCUCUUGUUUUACUCUGACCCGUUUUCCCAGGCAGCGCUCCUGAGGCGUUUGUGCGUCCACCGAGCUGACGCCAUGAACCUGCGCGGCGGCAACGUGUCGGAGUUGAUCACUAAUGUCGUCAGAGCCGCCGCCGCCGCUCCGGAGGCCAACCCCUGGCCUCCACGUGGACUUGAGGAAAGCGCCCUACGGGUCAAUAACGGGACAAACUCGGGGUGUCAAGGAAACGACGCGCUCCGCAAUGGCAUCGACGCGCAGCUGGGGAACUGGUCUUUCCGUGACGCCGGCGAGGAGGGGGCCGGCAGGAUUUACGAGUCUCAGUGUCCGCCCCAAGAGAUGGCGGCGGAGAAGAACUGGGCGGCGCUGCUGAUCCUAGUUGUCAUCGCCGUCACGGUCAUGGGCAACAUCCUGGUGAUCCUGGCGGUCUCCCUGGAGAAGAAGCUGCAGAACGCCACCAACUAUUUCCUGAUGUCACUGGCGGUCGCUGACAUGCUCCUGGGCAUCCUGGUCAUGCCGGUCUCCAUGGUGACCAUCCUCUACGAUUACGGGUGGCCCCUCCCGCCCGACCUCUGUCCCAUCUGGAUCUACCUGGACGUCCUGUUCUCCACAGCGUCCAUCAUGCACCUCUGCGCCAUCUCUCUGGAUCGAUACAUCGCCAUACGAAACCCGAUCCACCACAGCCGCUUCAACUCCCACACCAAGGCCCGCGUCAAGAUCAUGGCAGUGUGGACCAUUUCCGUGGGAAUCUCGAUGCCGAUUCCUGUGCUGGGACUCAGAGACCACUCCAAGGUUUUCAAAGAUGGCAGCUGCGUGCUGACGGACAACAACUUCGUGCUGGUCGGCUCCUUCGUGGCGUUCUUCGUGCCCCUCACCAUCAUGAUCGUCACCUACUUCCUGACCAUCAACGCCCUUCAGAACGAAGCCACCCUCUGCCUGGACCAGCUGGUGCCGCGGCCCAAGUGGAGCACGACGUUCACCUUGAGCUUCUUACCGCAGACCUCGCUGUCCUCUGAAAAACUCUUCAGACGCUCCAUAAGCCGUGAGGCCGGCGGCAGAGGAAGCAGCGGCGGCCUGGGAGGAGCCCGUGGGAGCGUGUCCGGCUCGCUGUUCGGACGCCGCACCAUGCAGUCGAUCAGCAACGAGCAGAAGGCGUCCAAAGUCCUCGGGGUGGUGUUUUUCCUCUUCGUGGUCAUGUGGUGUCCGUUCUUCAUCACCAAUGUGCUGGUGGUGGUGUGCGACCCGGCGGUGUGUGACGCAGGACUCAUGGGAGGUCUGCUGAACGUUUUUGUCUGGGUGGGAUACCUGUCCUCCGCGGUCAACCCGCUGGUCUACACACUGUUCAACAAAACGUACCGCGCGGCGUUCCUGCGCUACGUUCGCUGCCAGUACCAGCCGCAGAAGAAGCCUCUGCAGCUCAUAUUGGUGAACACCAUCCCGCCGCUGGCGUACAGCUCCACCCAGCUGCCCCUGGGCGACAUCGGGAAGCUAAGGAACGGAGCGCUGCACUCUGGUGGCGAGGAGAAGGAGCUCUACUUACCCGGGCAGGAAACGGAGACGCGUAGGCCGGACAAAAGCCACGGAGACAAAGACGAAAGCUGUGUGUGAGACGGAAGAAAAAGCUGGUUCAAGCUCGAUCCUGAAUCAGAUCAAACUCUCACGUCUAACCUCUGCGGUCGCGUCGUUCUCGGGAGCAAAGGGUUGAAGGUGUAAAGUCAAAGUGCCAAAGACAAAGUGCCUCCCAGUCAAAAACAGAGGUCAAGCUUCGCCUCUCAGUGCAAUCUGAGCAUUUACAGAGCAACUCCAGGAAGUUUGUUCCAGUCCUGAUCCUCCUCAUCAGGGUCAGUCGCUUCAAGUUUCCUUGUUACAACAAAAUCACCUUUAACAAGCAUUUACCCCCAGAUGAUGUCAGUCAAGAGCGUUUCAUGUAUUUAAAUCUCAAUGCUGUUUAAAGCCUCCGGCACACUGCCACAAGUUUUAUUUUUCACUUGAGAUUCUUCUUUUUCAGUAUCUUUCAGUCUGAGGGUCAAAUGAAACAGAAGGAGGCGCAGUUCGUGUAAAUGAUGUUUUCUAACAAACUCUGCAGACAGGAGAUUAAAAAAAAAAGGUUCUUCACAUAAUCUCAUUUCCCGUGGAGCGACCUCAGCCACCCCCUUCAGUCAGGUGGCCUCUACCUCCCAUGAUACCUUUGGGUGGAUCAGCGGGGCUUAGAAUGGAUUUCCUGCCCCCUUAUCAGAUGUUAGCGCCGGAGAGGCAGAUCCAGGAGGAGCCCGGACUCGCCGGGGCUCCAGACUCUCGCAGGGGUCGGAUAAAGCUGCCAAAAAAAAAAAAAAGAAAAGGAGUAAAAGCUCCUGCUGCUUCUGUGUUUUCAACACUGACAAUAAAUAUCAGACGGUGAUGAGGUCACACUGUUACUGAGAGACGACGUGAAUAAAUCUAUAUUUGUAUUUUGUGCAGAUGUAUGUGAAUAAAUGUAGAUGAUUGUCGAGGGUGAAAAUAUUUUAUUGACCGGUGAGAGGAUGGUUUUUGUUCCUGGUGUGACGCAGUGAGAAGAGGAGUGGAGAGCUAAUGUUCCCAGAGACUAGACAUACACCUGGUCCAAGAUACUUAAAGAGGAGGGAAAACAUCACAGGUGCGUGGUGUUGCUCAGGUGGGAUCUGAGAUGCUGCAAAUAAAGUCAAAGAUAAACCUGAGAGGAAACAACUCGUCAUAAAUUCACUCUAGAGGAAGUAAAUACAUAUCUUCCAAAAUAAAAGAUAUAUUCCAACAUCCGGUGAAGACCCAGCAGGUGAAAUGCUCAGCAGGGGCGUUGUAGCUAGGUGCUAGCUCAGGUGAUAUUAAUGUGGUUGUUGUUAGACAGGGCUACACACACAGCUACAGGUGUGCACUUUAGUACGACACAGUGUAAAGGAGAGGAUACAGUUUCUAGGGGCAGGCUGUAAUAAUGCAGAAUUAUAUUAACAGACAAUUACAAGAUAUGCUAUAAUAUGUGUAUUAUUUAAGCACUUUAUGAGUUCCAGGUGCUGGAACGGUAAAAUUAAGUGUCCCACCCCCACCUCCACGCCCCAUUAGACUUUACACUGACUGUAUAUGAAGCACAAUAAAACUGCUCUUUCUAGUCCCUGAAGGCGUCUUCACAGCAAAUUAAAUCAUUACGGUUAAAACAUUCACAACACAAACAGUAAUAAAGGAGCUUAUUUUAGAUCGAGGCGUCACAUUGACAGUUUUAACGACAUCGUUUGUAUAAUGUUGGUCUACAGGGAAACACAGUUUGGGUUUAACACUGUUAGUACGUCCACGGUUCAUUUAACGACAAGCACGUGAAACCAAAAGCAACAAGAAGAAGAACAGUCCACAAAUCGCUGUUUGACUCUGGACCAGAACUCCUCACAGCUGAAGAGAAGGCUAAAGGCUAACGCUAGCUCAGGGUGUAUUAAAAGUUAAAGAGUUGAUGCUCGUUGCACGAAAUGUGAGAAGAAGAAGAAAGUUUUUCAGCCAAAGCAGCAGCAGUCAGGUUAUUUAUCGUCACUACAGGUGUUACUUACAGCUGCACACGAGGAGCUAAGACAUGUAUAAACUCUUUAGCUUUACGGCAACAUUUAGCAGUGAUGCACUUUCUACUUCCUGCUGCGUCACAACCAGGGGUAGGUGGCUGAGAGGCGGGAAAGGCAGGAGGGAGGGGCAGGGUGAAUGAAUGAAUAAACUGAGACACGUCAUUUUUACUCCUCAGUUUUUGUACAGAACAAACAACAGCUGUUUACCACAUUCCCGGUCGUUAUGCUAUGCUAAGCUAAGCUAUGCUAAGCUAACCAGCUGCUGACUGAAGCUUCACCAGACAUGAGAGUGGGAUCCGUAUUAACAUAUAAGUUUCAGUUUUUGAAUGAAGUGAAAUGGAGAUUUUGUCUGAAUCAUGAAGGAAAUUUAAAAAUUGAAUUUUGUUUUUUCGUCAGAAAAAUGUAAAAUUAAUAUUUUGGUUCGGUUUUUCCACUUUUGGACUACAAAACUGAAAAGUGAAGUAGCUCCACACAGAUCCAUGUCGUCAUCUGAUGGUUCAUUUUCCCGUUCUGUUGGACGCUGUUGCGGUGACGCUGCCUCGGACAAAAACUUUAUUCACACUGAUCACGGACAAAACCAGAAAAAUAAAACAAAACCUCAGAGUUUCCCUGUACAGGCUUCAGGAUGAGCAGAGCAGCCACGGUGGAUGAAGGACUGUCGUCUGACCAUCUCGUUAAGUCUUUGUCGUGUUGCUCAUCCCGGUCCAGGACCUGGACCCGCUCAGAUGAUGUAGCUGCAGUCUGUGUGUAGUUCUGUUGCUGUUGCAGUGAUGUGAAGAGCACCAACACCUCCCUGCUGAUGUAACUGUGGAUCCACAGAGGAGGUGUGUUUUUAAAAUCCUCAGUAGUGUUUGAUGUUUGAUGGUGACGGUCACGUUUCUUUUCUAUGUCAGCUGUGGAACCGUUUUCAAAUCAGAGUAAAGAGAAAAACUGGAGAUGAAACAUU